AUGUUUGCCAUAUUGCUGUGCAAAAGGAGCUCUUCUCUGUUGCCUGUGCUACUUCACCUGUAUGUGUUCUCGGGAUGGGUGCAAGGGUUUUCUGGGCAGAUCAGAAAGGUGGAGAGCGAUGAUGUGGUUGAGACACUGGCUAAAGAAAUUCUUACGAAAGAAUCGAAUGUGCAAGAGGUACGUUGCCCCGUCACCGUCUGUGGGGAUGUCCACGGUCAAUUCCACGACCUUAUGGAACUCUUUAGAAUUGGUGGGAAGUCGCCAGACACAAAUUACCUGUUCAUGGGAGACUACGUGGACAGAGGCUAUUACUCGGUGGAAACGGUGACUCUUCUAGUGGCAUUGAAGGUGCGGUACCCAGAACGCAUUACAAUACUGAGGGGCAAUCACGAAAGCAGACAAAUUACGCAAGUGUAUGGCUUUUAUGAUGAAUGUCUGCGAAAGUAUGGCAACGCCAAUGUCUGGAAGUAUUUCACAGAUCUUUUUGAUUAUCUUCCACUCACAGCUCUAGUAGAUGGCCAGAUAUUCUGUCUCCACGGUGGCCUGUCUCCAUCCAUAGAUACACUGGAUCAUAUCAGGGCUCUGGACCGCCUGCAGGAAGUUCCACACGAGGGUCCUAUGUGUGAUCUGUUAUGGUCGGAUCCGGAUGAUCGUGGUGGCUGGGGUAUAUCUCCACGUGGUGCUGGCUACACGUUUGGGCAAGAUAUUUCUGAAACAUUUAACCAUGCCAAUGGUCUCACACUGGUCUCCCGCGCUCACCAACUUGUCAUGGAGGGUUAUAAUUGGUGCCACGACCGAAAUGUGGUUACCAUUUUCAGUGCACCCAAUUACUGUUAUCGGUGUGGGAACCAGGCUGCUAUCAUGGAACUAGAUGACACUUUAAAAUAUUCCUUCCUCCAGUUUGACCCAGCACCUCGUCGUGGAGAGCCUCACGUUACCCGUCGUACCCCAGACUACUUCCUAUAAGCCUCUCCUAACCUUUGUAGAAGGAAUUACACCUGGCAUUUUAAAAAGCAACAAUAUUUACACAUUUCUGUAAGAAAUUGGGGUUCGUCUCAAUUUAAAAUCCCCAUCAUGGACCAAAAUGUGCCAUACAGAGGAUGAAGAGCGUUUAGCACAACUUGAGACUGAAUUCCUUACAACACUAUAUAUAUCCUAUACCCAUCAGUCCCAACAGUCAGUUUGCCUGCUGUAUUUGUAGUCACUGUUUUUCUUCUGGACUGUUCAGAGAGGAAAAGGUAACUCUAAUAACACUUCCAUCUCCUUUGACGCUUCUCUGUAAAUUUUUAGUUCUAGUGUUUAACUGGCAUGAGUUAGAGGUGAUUUUUCCAGGGAAAUGCACACUAACUUCAUCCCCCCACCACUCUUCAUUUUAUUGGAAGACCGCUCAACUUAACUGGAGAAA